AUGUUCAAAGCUCGUAAAGAACUCGAAUCACUAACGCCACAAGAUGGCGAUGCACAACUCCUGGAUCACCUUUCUCACUCUCUUUUAACUGUCGUGCGCCCAAAUGAUGACCAGACAGUCCACAACGCUGAACCUGACGCCCCUUUCUGCCAAGAACGAUACUAUUGCUACAUCCGCCUCAUCUAUGCCCUGACAGGGAAUGACAAAUGGUGUCGGCGUCUGAUCCGUGAUGGACAUGACAAGUGGUGCAUUUCUCUGGUUAACAGUGUCUCUCUAGGUGAUUAUUUGCGAGUCGGAUCCUGCCUUGUUAUGAUUUUGGACCGUUUCAAGCGUGUCACGUCCUUGCCUGAUGAUAUUCCUUUCAUUCUUGCCGAGGAGAGGCGGCAGUUACCCAUCGCAGACGCAUGGGAGACAGCACAAUAUGCCUCACAGGACGACCCCUACGUUGAUGCAAUACUAGCCCUCGUGGAAGCGACGAGACGGAAUUUGGAAGCCUCUGGUGUCACGAGGGAAUGGUUAGAUCUCCCUGAAAAGGUGAAUAGAGCUAGGGUCAAUUUACAGAAGAAGCAAACGUUCUAUGUGAAGGCUGGUAUAGCCCAGGCUGAUAUUGAGGCCGCGUUAUCAUCUAUGCAGGACUUGCGCACCGAGCUGAAUCGUAGGAUCGAGGAAUGA